GUUGGCAAACCAUUCUAAGUCUGAGCUUGACAUCUAGAUAUAUAAAGAAUUUCUUACGUUGUGGUUGGUCAUCUAGAUGUAGGCCCCAGCUUCCUGCUUCUGGACCGGGUAUUUUAGACUCUAAUUCUGAGCUUUAGACCAGGCUCGGUCAGAGAGAGAGAGAGCGGAGACCCGGCUUCGCAGCUUGUUGGGCGCCAUAAAAGCUUUGGCGUCUACUUUAUUUUUGGGUCUUCUGUACUAACUAUCAACAACCUCCUUCUACUUCAUAUUUGAUUCUCUCGUGUACGGCAUAGCAAUAUAUCUCCCACUUAACUUAUUCUCUGUGUUAGCACCAUAAUUUACAAUAUUUAUUGCUCUCGGUGUCUUCCACCUUCAAAAGGCCCGUCAUCACUUUCGAACCUUCAGAUCAGGAGCAGCCAAAACUUCGCUUUCUCGGCUAAAAAGGUUUCUGCAAGACAGUUGUCCUCGCUAGUGGCUGAAAAAGUGGGCUUCAGACUUUAAAGAACCAAUUUGUCUUAAACAUGGGAACAUUGGGAAGGCACUUGGAGCGAACAAACUCUGGAGUUCACUUUGAGGGAAGUCAUCCAGGGUGCAUGUGGGGCAUACUUCAUAUCCUUGACCACCACCAUUGGCAUAUUGCGAAAAAGAUGCGUCCACGCAAAAAGCACAGAGGAUUAGGAAGACGUGCCAGUUGCAAAACUAAUGUACAAGCAACUUCAAAGAAGCAUGAUAAUGGAGUGCAAGAAUUUAUGGAUUCUGAAGGAGAACCCUUGUUGGUUGAACAGCAUGAUACAGAAAGUAGUCCUGCAAAGACCAACAGAAGAUCAGGCAAAGCUCAUAUAAAAGAAUCAAUUGCUAAAGAUAUGCCUAAGCAAAGCCACAGAUACUGGAAUUUGAGCUAUGCCGCAAGAACAUGGCUUUGGCGAAUCAUUCCAAUUCAUCAUUUAGAGCAUGCAGACAAUUAUCUUGGUGAAAUGCAUACUGUUGGGGCGAAUCCAAGUAUUCCCCUUGAAAAAAGUGCCAACUACUUGAGGCAUAAUCAGUCUAUUGGGAAGCAUGCAGUUUUUCCUAAAAAAUAUGAUGAAGGAUCAGAAGAUUUUGUAGACCACAAUAUCGGGGAAUCUGACCAGCUCAACAUAGAAGUUUCUAACAACCAGUUUAAGGAGUGUUCCGAUGUUCUGGAGAUUUUUAAGAUACACAAGGAAUCUUUUCUAAAGAUUCUCCAGGACACAAAAGCUGGUAUGAAGCCCUUCCACAGUCUGCAGAAUUCCAAAAACAAAGCAAGGUUAACAAAGUCGGGAUCAUUUCCUCUAGCCAAUUCAUCAAGCAAAAAGUAUAUCAGUACUAGAACACUUGAACACAAGCAAAAUGAAAUCUGGUCCUUCCCAAAAGGAGAAAAGAUGCUUUCUUCCUCUCUAGUAUCAGAGUCUGACUCAUCCGUAUCUCAGAGGACAAUGCCUUCUAUGGCUGACAAUAAUACAGUAGGCAGUGCCAUGAGACAAGAAACAAACUCUUCUUCUCCGGAUUCAUCCCAGGGAUUAAUCCAUCAGGGUUGGAAUCAACAGGUUAUUAAUCGUUUCAAAGAAAUUAAGCAGAAAAUAUGGCAUGCACUCAAGGAAAACAGAAAAGAAAGUAACCGCACGUCUAUGGAAGCACUCAUUGAAAGGGAACCCUCUGGAAAAGAGAUCUCUGGAAUGUCAAAGAUUUCCACAUCCCAAGAUGGUAUAGACAACCCUGGAGGUUUUCAUGAGGGUAAUGGUUCCGAUUAUGAUCCCAGCAGGGGAAGACUAGGCCACAUACAAAGAACAUCGUCUCUAAACGAGUCUCUGGAUAGAUACACUGAGUUGUUUGAGCGCACUUUUGGUCAAGGUGCCAAGUGGCAUCACUCCAAGAGCCUAAAAUUGACAAAUGAAGGUAAGGUUCCAUCAAGUGGGUUUGCUUCAAAGUCCUUCAAAAGGAGACUCUCUCUGCCCGAUCUUGAUUACUUUUUCUCCCCUCUAAAUGAUCCAUCUAGAGAUUCUCUAAGUUCUGUUAUGCCAAUAAGGACAGCUGGGGAUUUCUGUACAAUAGUUGAUAAAAAUAAUCAUUGUGAACCAAAGUCAUUCAGCACUCUAAUUGAAGAACAAACACCUGAGCCGAUACAUGCUGCUCUAGAGACUGAAUUUCAGAAAGAUAUGAUUUAUGGAAAUGACGGUGGUAGAAAUGUUUUAUCUUCAGCUGAUUUGACAGUGGAAAGAAAUCAUGAGGGAAAUGUUAAGACGGGCAACCUUAGGAAACGUAGUCUUCAACAGGACCAGAUUUUUGGUUUGACAAUGAACCACAGCACAGAGCUUGUAGGUUCUUCUACAGAGCAAGCAAAACCAGAUCCAGUUUCUGAUCAUGAAACUCGCUUUCCAGAUGAUCUAAACAACCUUGCAGAGUUUCCAAUAUUUAAAGGUCCGGCGUCAAGUCCUAUGGACAUUCAAAUGGAUGAUCCAGAUGCUCCUGUUGACCAAAAAAUCAUGUCCAACACAGAUUCUUUACCUUUGGUUUGCAGCAUAGUAACUCCAGAGACUACAAAAGAAACAAAUAUGAAUACUGAGGAUCAAACCCGGCACUUUAAAUUGGAUGAAUCGGAUGAAGCUGACUUCAACUAUGUGAGAAUUGUUCUUGAGCUGUCGGGCUUCAUCAAGAAUGAGAACCUUGGGACAUGGCAUUCACUAGACCAACCAUUGAGUCCCUUAUUGUUAAAGGAAUUGGAGGCUUUCUUGCACCCUGAACUCGAGGAUUAUGAAGAGGACAUUGAUGGAAGUUGUGAUCACCAGAUCCUAUUUUAUUUAAUCAAUGAUACACUUCUUGAGAUAUAUGAGAGAUCAUUCACCUACUUCCCGAGGGCCUUCAUCUUUAACCGCCACAUCCGUCCAAUGCCUAGGGGGCACCAUCUUCUGGAGGAGGUAUGGGCAAAGAUUAGCUUGUACCUGAGCUUGAGGCCAGAGCUGGACCAGUCAUUGGAAGAUGUUGUGGCUCGAGAUUUGACAAAGGGUGAUGGGUGGACUAACCUCCAAUUUGAUAAUGAGUGUGUGGCGCUUGAGCUAGAGGAUUUGAUUCUCGAAGAAUUAUUAAAUGAAGUGGUAUGCUCUUGAGAUUCUUGAGCCACAUCAAGGUCAUUCAUUGUUUAAGCCUGCUGCUUCACUGUACCUAAAAUUUUGUUUAUUUGCAGCGCAUUGUAUAUACCUCUAUUCUUCCAGCAUUCCAAGAUUUCAUUUUUUUUUUAUUACCAUUGUAGCAAUAGGGAAAGGCAGACAUUCAGUUUUUUGAAAUUCAUGUAGGCAUAGUUGGUUGGAUAAAGGUAUGGCUUCAGUAGUAGUGAAGCUCUAUGUAUAAUCCGUGUAAUUACAAAUGUAAUGUAGGCAUAGUUGGUUGGAUAAAGGUAUGACAACAUGUUAUUUGUUAAAGCUUUUGUAUCCCAA